UUGUACCAAACGUAUGGAUCACAGGGCAGAAUAAGAGUUGAAAGUCUAGAGGAAUUUUUCUCAUUCUUGAUGCACGGUCCCUGAUUAGGAUUCCAUUAAUUGCGAAAACAUUAGAUUAAAUGAGCGUGAUCGGUUCGCUUUGAAUGCGUACAUCCGAUGUUGGAUACCUGUGAGGUAUUCUAGGUACAUAUUUAGAUAAGCGCGAUGACGUAUGUAUGCCGAUAAUAUUUCUCACCUUAUAGUGACAAACUUGACACCAGCCAGCGACAAUUUGUCACCAUGCGGGCAAGGUUUAUCACCAUUUCGUGAAAAACAUUACCACCGCGCGGUGAAGUCACAUAUGCACACCGGUUGGUGACGAUUUACACCGGAUUUUUAAUCUGGUCAAUAAUAUCAACUUGUGUAGCGUAGGUCAGAUAUUUAUGCAUAACUGAUACAUAAAUAUGUACAUAUUAUGAAUAUUUAUAUGCAGCAAAGUGCUCAAAUUAAUUAUGUAAAAAUUUAGGUUAAAUUUAUAUUUCAAAUAGUUACACCCAAGGUUGUGUACAAUUAUUAUACGUAUAGAGAAAAGUAUACAUGGAGAAUUUUUAUUUUGUUUUAGGAAUUUAGGAAUCUCAGAUUUGUUUAGUAAUCAGUAGGCUAAGUAAUCAGUAGUUGUACAGAAAUGCUGACACGUAUUACAUGCUCAAAUCUAUACAUUCUGUGUAUCUGUAUAUAACUAUAACGCAUGCAAAGAAGGAAAAUGUGUUAAAUGGUGGAUGCAAUACCAGGAAGGAAUAAUUCUGUACCAAGUUUAGGACAGAGUACAAUUUUACAUUUCUCAGAAAUCUCUUUCUAAAUUAAGAACAGUUUUAACCAUUUUUGACCGACUUCGUUUAUGUGCACAUUGUUCUCUGAAUGGGUUUCUACACGUGCACUUGGAUACAAUCGUAUUUAAGGCACACAACGUUUGUGUGUAUAUAUAAAUAUGUACCCACUGUUAUUACGCAUGUCUUUAUAUCUCUAUACAUAUAUAUUUAGGUACAUAUUUACAUAUGUAUGUGUGCAUGUCCCUUAAAUUGCUUAUAAAUAGCAAUAAUUUACGCUGACAAAACAUGCAACCGUGAUCAACCAGUCUUCAUUUCGUUCAGAACUCUACCACUUUUACAUUAAAGCUGGGACUGGCUAAUAACCAAAAUAUUAGUCUCAAUAUUUACUAAUUUGUUUCCUAUUUUAUCUUGAAGUUUGAGUAGAGACUCCUUUAUCCAUAAAUCGUCUCAAGUAAUAGUUUUUAUCCAUUCAGCUAUCUCUACUCCGAAUAUUCAAAUAAGCAGAAAGAAUGUGCUGGAGAAAAUCUGAGGCAAAUGAGGAGGUGUCAGCGCAAGAAGACUUACUCAUGCCGAGAUUAAUCGAGGAGCAGGUAAUACUAUAUGGGAACCCUCCACGGAACCCUCCCCAGGAGGGUUUGCACGAGACGCUAUUAACUUUGGAACGAAUUCGUAACUUGAUGGAUUCACAAGUUGAACUUGCAAUUGCUUGUAUUGAAAAGGAGUGUUCAUCAGCUUUGGAGAAAGUGGCAGUGCAUAGUGAAACCGGAACAGAACUUGCAGAUAAACUUAAAUCUUCAACCCUUCUGGAAUUACAACGCGACUAUUUUAACAGUCAACGAUACCAUGGUUUGGAAUUAGCUUGCAUCAACGCAUAUGUGGCUGCCAGAUGGGCGCUUAACAACACCAAGAAAAUCGUCUUGCAUGCCCAUAAAAUGGUUGAGAAACAAAGACAAAUUCUCUUGGAUUCGGGAGCGUCGCUUGCCGUCGAUACGUAUCAACCACCAGAGCUGGAACCAGAAUUUGAAUUUGAACCAAGCCAUUCUCCGGUUUAAAAUCAUUCUUUACCUAAAUAUAUUUUAUUAACUUCUGUAAAAUUUGGCACAAAUAUUUCUGUACAUGUUUUCACAUUUAUGUAACUGUAUGUAAACAGCAAAAUAUUUUCAUGCAAAUAUGUUUUGGUACCAAAAUACAUAUACAUGGGCAACAAAAUUUAUAUUGCAUGACUUGAACAUAGGUCUCUGUUGGAAUGAAGGUCCUAUGUAUUUGCUCAUUAAAUUCAUGCACACAGUAUCAGUACCAGAUAUUUACAUCAUCAUAUUUACAAUGCGUUCAUUAUUGGAUGCCAACCAGCAAAACAAUUAAAUUCGUACAGAGACAAGUGUGGACUUACUUAUGAAGUUGCUGGGCGUACUCACUUCAACAUCUCACAUAUUUGUGCAUAGUCACUCUUUUAACAAACAAAUACUAAAUUUACAAUACGAUAUAAAAUUACAAUACAAUACAAAAUUUACAACAUAGAAAAUUUUCCCAAUAGACACAUUCCUGUUUAAUUGGAAAAUAUGUAUUUGGCCGAAACGUUUGUGGCUUUCGAUCUAAAAUUUUUGCGAGAUUUGGUAAACUUAAGAAAACUUUGCAAGUAUGGUAUUCAUUUUUUGAGUAAAUAUGAAAACUCAUGUAUAGGAUAAUUAUGUAGAAUUGAUUUAAUUCCUCACAAAAUUGGAAUCAAAUGAUCAUGCUCUUUC